AUGGAGCUCACCACGGUCGCUACCACCUCUGCCUUGCCUGUGAGCGUCUUGUCCAUGCUCAUUGCAGCUGCCACUGUCGUUGCUGUGAUUAUUCAUCGUUUCCUUGCAAUCGACUAUGACCCUAGAGAACCUCCAAUCAUCAAGCCUGGAAUACCUUCCAUCGGCCACAUCCUUGGGGUCAUCAGACAUGGAACCAAGUACUUUGACACGGUCAAUCGCGAAACACAAUAUCCAAUAUAUACGCUGCCCACGUUAUCUAGCAGACAAUAUAUAGUCACGUCUCCCCAGAUUGCCGCGCAGCUCCAGCGCCAGCACAAGGACCUAGCAUUCUACAACGUGAUUCUCGAAGUCACACGGCGGCUGUUGCAUCUGAACUCUGACACGAUGCGAAUAAUCAUGACCAACGUCAACCGCGAGGAAGGUGAUUGGGGCCUCAUGCCCAAGAUGCAUGAUAUGUUCAGUGACGUGCUCGGCCGGGGAGAGUCGCUCAAAGAGCUCACUAGAUUGCAGAUGGCCCUUUUCUCAGACAUGCUCAACGAGGUUGCCAUCCGAGGUGAUGACUCUGUGGAAAUCGGACUGUUCGAGUGGAUCAAGUCGAUAUUCGCCUUUGCCAAUGCAAAAGCACUUUACGGUCCUGAAAAUCCGUUUGCCGUGGACCCCAGUCUCGUGGACGCGUUCUGGGAAUUCGAGGCCGGCAUGCUCGCCCUGAUUAUCGACAUCUUGCCCAGCGUUACGGCCAGGAAGGCUCACAAGGCACGAGAGCGCAUCGCCCGCAGCCUCACCGACUAUGUGCGGCAAAAACGGUACCACAAGGCUUCACAGGUCAUCCAGAACCGCGUAGGCCUCAACCUCUCCCACGGGUUCACAGUGGAGGAAGCCGGCCGGGCCGAGAUCAUCCUGCUCUUUGCAAUCCUGGGGAACGCGGUUCCGUCAACAUUCUGGAUCGUUGCCAACAUUGUCAGCCGACCAGACCUGAUGGUCGGGAUCAGGAAGGAGAUCGGGGUGGCCGUCACUAACAACAAAGACGGCACCAAAACGGUCAAUGUUUCGACCCUCGAAACAUCGUGUCCCCUUUUCGUCUCGACAUACCGUGAAUCCCUACGCAUCAUCGGCAACCUCGCCUCUCUACGGUAUGUGCUACGGGACACAGUCAUAGGCGGACAAUACCUACGGAAGGACUCCAUCAUCCAAAUGGCCGGUAUAGUCAUCCACAACGACAAACGGACGUGGGGCGAGGACAGCGACCGAUUCAAUCCCCGCCGAUUCAUCAAGACACGAGCAUCGGCUACUGUUGCCACAGAAGAAGAGCAUCCGUCCGAGUUGGAUCUCAAGGAGCCCACGGCGACACAACUACCUCCGGGAGUUCCGUCCUCGGCAUUCCGUCUCUUCGGCGGUGGGAGCGUGGUAUGUCCGGGUCGGCAUUUCGCGCAGAGUGAGAUCUUGGCGUUUGUAGCGUACCUGUUACUGGCUUUCGACAUCACUGCUCCCGAUGGGUCGCCUAUCAAAGUUCCCCCACCAGACGACGAAAAGAUUCCCCUAAGCGUCCUCAAGCCGCAGGGAGACGUGAAGAUCAAGCUGCAAAGACGAAAGGGCUUCGAGAGCACGAAAUGGGUGCUGAAAGCAUAG